UACUGCUAAAGCUGAAUUAGUUUGCAUACAUUAUUUUGAUUGCUCCUUAUUUAUUUCUUAAGGAUCCCAUAGGGUUACUUUAGUAGUUUAAAUGUAAUCUAGGGUAGUUUUUAUAUCUAUUAACUACUAUUUUUCAUUUGUGAUGCUUUUUGUUUCAGGUAAUGAACUAGUUAAGAAAUGGAAAGCCAUAAAAGAUAAUUUUGCUAAAUAUCAAAAAAAAUUGAAAGAUGCCAAUCGGUCUGGAGCUGGAGCUGCAAAAAUUAAAGAAUAUCACUUGAAUAAACAAUUACAGUUUUUGAUAAAGGUUUCACAAAAUGCAACUGAUUCCAGUAUAAAUGUAGUGGAAGGAGAUAGUGAGAACCAAAAUGAAAUAAAAGGAUUGUCUCGUUAUCGGAGUCAAUCACGAAAACGAAAGGCAGAUGAGAGGGAUGACUUUGAAGAAAAUAUCUUGGACAUAUUAAAAACACCGGAGAAUAGACACUUGCAUUUUUUCAAGGGGAUUCUACCAUCUCUUCAAUCUUUGAAUGAUCAACAGACAUUGAUAUUUCAAAGUCGGGUGCUUCAAGUACUAACGGACAUUCUUCGGCCUUCAAUUCAGCAAUAUUCACCUCACGGCUAUACUCAAGAUAAUCAGCAUCAGGGCUAUAAUCAAGGAUAUUCAACUCAGAGAUACGAUAAUACUUUUCAGAGUGGCUACCACACUUCUACUCCUGGAUGUUCGAUUACUGAACCGAGGACUGCCUCAUUCUCACAAAUACAUUCCGGGCCAUCAAACCAAGAACGUCUAAUAAAUUCACCAUUUACAAUGGAGGAAACGACAAGUACUUCCUAUGGUACACAAGACGAAGAGUAUGAUUUUUCUUGAAUUAAUAAUUGUAUUUUUGA